AUGGCAUCCUACGCCACGGCAGAAUGGCUGCCGGUGAAUGAGCUCCGGAACCAUUUCACCGGGAAGCGCAGAGCGGAAGACGACCUGGAAUCCCAGUCUAAUAUAUCGUCACAUUUCAAGAAACUCCGGCUGAACCAAGCCGUGCCGCACCCUGGCAGUGCAUCAUUUCCUUCGAGUUCACCGCAGAUAUCACCUAGCACCACCACCGCCGCCGUCUCAUUCCGGCCGGAGAACAGCAUUCCUCCCAAUGUGGGCGCUGCGACGACCCAUCCUUCCACUUCCGCACAAUAUGACUCCUCCUCCUCCUCCUCUGCACCUUACGUCAAGAUGCCUACAAUGUCCGAUGGGGAUUUCAUGCCUGUGGACGAGACGCCCACCCGGGUCAUCAUCAGCAAUCUUGACGCCGAGAUCGCCCAGAUCGAGGCCGACGAGGCCGCCGCUGCGUCGGCCGUCUUUCUGCCGGAUAUAGACAAGAAGGUGUCCGCCAUACCGUCCCGAGUGCUGCGGCAUCGGGCGCCCGCCGCGCCGCCGGAGAACCUCAGCAGCGCGUUAGUCUUGUACCGCGAACCGACCAGUAUCACUGUUCCGGAGGAGAUGGAUGCGGUGAGAAAGGCUAUCGUCGCAGCCCGCGCCCGGGCCAGGGAGAAACAGGCAGAAGAACUCAGAGAAACACAAAGACAAGAGGCACUGCGCGAGACCGGCGGUACGGCGCCCGAGAUUGACCUGGAUGAUGCAAUAUACGAAGAUACGGCCCCAGCAGACGACGAAGAACUAGAUGCAGACGCCAUGGAAAUUGGAUAG